ACAUAUGGCAUUCUUUAGAAUUAUAUUGACAGGUUACGGUUAAUUUUGAGAUGGAUAAAAUUAUAAUUGGUCGUAUGUUUUACAUAUGGAGUGUAGAGAAGGAGGAACAUCUCUUAUGGACGUUUUACAUUUGAUCAGGCUUAAGAUCUGUCAAAUUUGAAAAACCAGUUUUAAAUUUGAAAUAACAGAAAUAUUGAAAAAAAUGAAAAAUGUUCAUUAAUAUCCUCAUAUUUUGCUUUGAUUUCCAUCAAGUAAAAGGAUUUGAAAAUUAUGAUAUUCAGGAGUCAGGACGAACACAAUAUCAAUUGUUACAAGAAAGAGGAAGAUUACCUCAUUAUGGAUCCUGUUGGAAAUCUGCCCUCGAAUAUUUGGAAAUUGGAUGUAAAUAUAUUACUGAACAAAUACAAAGUGAAAUUGCACUCCAUCUUACAAAUUGCUUUUUGGCAAUGUCUGGUCAGGAUACAUAUAAUUGCCAUUCUGAUAAAAAAUAUAACUUGAGAGCGAUAUGUAUAAGCAGUAUGAAUGAUAGGGCUUUCAAUGUGUAUACAGAAUUUUACACACAUACCCAAAAUAUGUGUGGUUUCCUACAAGGACAUGUAUGGCAGGAAAUGAUUGCCGAAAACACCAUGGUUGUUGGAAGACAAUUAGAGAAAAGUGCACAACAUCAAAAGGAUCUCUUAGAUGCUCAAAAAGAAAGCUUUAAGUUACAAGAAAAGAUGUUGCAUCACGGAAAAGUGUUGGAAAAUAUUUUAGAAAAUUUAUUUGCUUCUUUCAAGGAGCAUCAUGAUAUAUUAAACUUAUUAUCAAGAACCGUAGCAGAUUUAAGAAAUUGGAUUAUUGGUGAAAUGUCUUGGUUUGAAUCAAUACUUUUCUAUGCUGCUUCUGUUGUUAUGAUUUUAAUUUUAACAUCUUCAUAUAGAACUAAUUCAGCUAGAUUAGUAAUUUUAUUUUUGCUUCUUAUAAACUAUUUAGUGGAAAGGUUAAUAUGUUUCAUACAUGUUUUUCUUUCUGAUGAGGGUAGUUCAAAGAUAUAUUCUGAAGUUUACAGCUAUAUUUGGAUUUCUCGAUAUUGCUUUAUGUAUUUAUCUUCAUUUAUAUUAUUAUAUUUUAGUAUUAUAUACAAAGAUAAUUCUACAAAGCAAUACAAAAUUCUUUGUUCAAUUCAAGAACAAAAUACAGAAAUUUUGAAAAUACUUCAAACUUCACAAAAAACUUCCAAAGCAAUUGAUAGAAUUGACAAAUUAUAUUUAAACAGAAGUAAUGAAAAUAUAGGAGAUAAUAGUUUAUUAAAAUCUGCAAAAAAUAUUUCUAAUAAAUUACAAAGAGUAGGUAGCUCAAGUGGUUCUAUUAAAAAGAAAUCUAUAAAUACUCUUAGUUCUGUUAAUACCAAGGAUAAAUAUAACCUAGAAGUAUUAGAUCAGAAUCUAAAGUUCACGUAUGCAAGGUGAGUCAUGAGGUACUUUACAUAUUUCUACCAUAUGUAGAGUCACUCAGGGAGGAUAUCCCAUGCCAAUAAAAAAUUUCAACACCUUUAUUAAUUUAAAGGGUGAUUUGUAAAAUUAACCAUAAGUUUUUAUUGGCCAUAGUGUACACAACUCAUUUGAUUUUGUAGAAUUUUUCAUGAUACAUUACACUACUAUCAAGCAUUCGGGGAUGAUAAAAUAUUCAGGUUGUAGGCUAAUCAAUUAAAUUUCAAUUUUUCCCUUAUGUAAGUAGCAUGAUCUUUGAUAGUAUGCAGUUCACUUUCACAUUUAGUUUCGAGUUUGGUGGAGUUGGAAAUUGAAUUCAAAUUGUCAUAUUAAAGUUUUAUUUGUAAAGAUUAAAAAUUGAUACUACUUAAAAAGAAAAUAGAAUUUCACAUGCAAAUUCCAAUAUUUUCAUCCCAAUUUCAAUUAAGAUAUUUACUUAUGAAAUAACUUUUCUGUUUAUUUUACUUCGUUUUGGAAACCUCUCAAAUUUAUUUAAAUAAAUUGGCAAUAGAAUUAUGUACUAAUUAAUUAUGAUUGGGUAGUAUAUCUUUCAUUAUCUUGCUUAUGUCUUGAAUAUUGAGUUCUUUUCAUAUUUAUUUAUUUAUGGAUUCAAGUUUUUCUUUGAAUGAAAUUGUUAUUACAAAACGUAAAACUUUAUUUAAAUAUAAUUCUUAUGCAAAUCUAAAAAAUGUAAGACUAAAUCACAUAAAAACUCAACUGCGACCUUUUUACAAACAAUACAACCAUCAAUAUUCUCCAUAUUUAAUUUUAUAUAUACUUGAACCCAACACACUGUAUUUAAGUUUAAAUUUUUUAUAUAGUACCUACUAUGUAAUUGGAUAUUAAAUUUUUUUAGUUU